CUGUUCCUCUCCUGCAGAAGAGCUUCCCCUGAACUUUCAUAUUCCAUCUUCAAAUAAGCCACGAUGAGCAGACAGGCGCCUACGGUGAGAUCUGUCCUGGGACGAAGAGGCUUCAGUUCAGCUUCGGAGAUUUGUGGUCGAAGCUACGCUGCCUCUGCCUGCCAACCCGGCCGAUGCGGAGCUGGUGCCUACAGCAGCAGGAGCGUCUGCAACCUAGGUGGAAACAGGAGGAUUUCCUACGUCAACGGGGUCUGCGGUACUGGAUGUUUUGGAGAAUUUGGCUUCGGAGGCGUAGGCUAUGGUAGCGUUGGAGGAAGGGUUGGCCUCUGUGGCCCCAGGGGAUAUAGUAUUGUGAGGGGCUACCCCGAUCGCAAGGCGGAUGGCAUCCAAGGUAUCUGCAUCGACGAGCGGCUUCUGAAGCCCCUCUGCGUUGGGGUCGACCCGCUGGAACACGAAAUACGCUGUCAGGAGAAGGAACAGAUCAAGACCCUCAACACCCAGUUUGCCUGCUUCAUCGACAAGGUCCGAUUCCUGGAGCAGCAGAACAAAGUGCUGGAGACCAAGUGGGGCCUCCUGCAGCAGUACGUCCUACCAAAGAAAGGGAAGAACCUUGAACUGUACUUUGAGAAUUACAUCUGCGACCUGCGGAAGCGCCUGGACUGCUUGCUAUGUGAGAAGCAAAAACUGGGCAGCGAAGAAUGUGCCACCAGCCAGCUGGUGGAGGAGUUCAAGUGCAAAUAUGAAGAGGAAAUCAACAGGCGCACAACUGUGGAGAACGAGUUUGUGGCACUCAAAAAGGAUGCAGACUGUAUCUUUUUGAACAAGGAAGAGCUGGAGGUGAAGGUGGAUCUGUUAAGAAGGCAGUUGGAGUUGUUGAAAUGUGUAUUUGAGGAGGAACGAGCUCAGGUGGAUCGUCAGCUAUGCGACACCUCAGUCAUCGUGAAAAUGGACAACAACCGAGACCUGGACAUGGAAAGCAUCAUCAAGAACGUUGAAUGCUGGUACCAAGAAAUAGCUCAGAAGAGCAAAGAAGAAGUUGACGCUUUCUACCAAACCAGGUUUCAGGAGCUUCAGGAUAAGAGAGGCAAGUACUGUGAUGAUCUGCAAAGCAACAAGUGUGAGAUCUCAGAGCUAACCCGGAUGAUACAGAAGCUGCAGUGUGAACUGGAGAAUGUGAAGAAGCAGGUCUCCUGCCUGCAAACCUCCAUUUGUGAUGUUGAGCAGCGCGGGGAUUGUGCCCUCAAAGAUGCCCGGGAGAAGCACGUUGAGCUGCAGAAUGCCCUCCAGAAGGCCAAGGAUGAGCUGGCUUGCAUGCUGCGGGAUUACCAGGAGCUGCUGAACGUCAAGCUGGCCCUGGAUAUCGAGAUUGCGACAUAUAAGACUCUACUGGAGGGUGAAGAGAGCAGGUGGGUGACAGAGACCUUGUCCCUUUACUCCUGUCUAUCAGAGGCCAGAACAAUUCCAGCUCCCAAGUGA